AAAAAUAAAAGAGUGGUCCAAGCUAGAGCUCAAGCCCCUUGGGAUUAGUUUAGAUAAGGGGGCUAUGAAUUACUGAAUUAGUAUCAUAGCAUUGAGCUUAAUUCAGAGAAAAUGGCAACAAUUCAUCUAAAUUUCCAGUCAUUAACCCUCAAACUAGACAAAAAACACACCAAAUUAUACACCUAUACCCCUCAAAAAAGCUUCAAUUUACCAAUAUAUGCAGCCAUAGGAGGAGGUACAUCAGGAAAACAACUGAUAGAAUCUGGAACUGUCAAAGCAAUCCCUCCAAAAGAAGCUUCCAUUGGGCUGAAAUCCGACGGGCUGAAGCUCCUCGAUGUGAGGCCCGAAUGGGAACGAGAGAAAGCCCGAGUGUCCGGGUCGCUACAUGUUCCUCUCUUUAUCAAAGACACAGAUGAAUCCCUUGUUACUUUCCUAAAGAAAUGGGUUCAUUUGGGGUACAUUGGGUUAUGGACGGGUCAGAAGUUCACUACUAUUAAUUCUGAGUUUGCUUCACAAGUUGAAGGGAUUGUUCCUGAUAAGGAUACCAUGGUUCUUGUAGCAUGUGGUGAGGGGCUAAGUGAAAACAGGUCUAUAGUGGCGGUUUCAAAGCUGCAUGAAGCAGGGUACAAGAACUUGGGAUGGUUGGUUGGAGGAUUUAAUCGAACUAAAGAUGGUGAUUUUCCGGUUGAAGGAGAUGAAAAGUUGCAAUAUGCCACAAUUGGCGGUGUAUCUUAUUACUUUCUUAAAUUGCUUACACUCUUACAAGCAGCUGGAACUUCUGAUUGAGUUAAUGAGUUUGAUAUAUUAGUCUUAAUUCA